AUGUCGUCCAACUCGAGAACAUCCCAAAUCUCAAAAUCCCGGUGGGAACCGGAACCAUACUCCACGGUUUCAUGGGCUCACCCGGACAACCAGAGUACUGGUUGUCCGGACAACAACAUGAACGACACAAAGGCCACCGGGUGCUGGGAUUUCUUGCAUAAUGCCAAAAACACUAAUACACAUGGAUUCAAACAGGCAGCCACAAAUCCAUCAAUAUUCUUACUAAGCACUAAGGGCUUAGACAUGUGCACAGAGAUAUUAGGGAGUGAAAGUGGAAGCCACAUUGAUCCAAGUCUCGACAUAUUCUCGGACAACACACAAGAGCGACAAUAUUCGAGCAACAUCAAGCCUCGGGAAAUUGGCAAGAAAACAAAACAGACUAGCAGUUUCCCACCACCGCUCACCUCCAUCACCAGUGUUAAAGUGGAGGCUCAGCGUGGAGGCGGCCGGCUAGUGAUCACGGUCCUCGCCUCCUCAUCCGCCUGCAGCGUGGAGCGCAAAAAUGGGAGGCUGAGGGUGUUUCUGCACAAGGAUUAUUACUACAUCCCUAGUGACCAACGAAACAUGAAAGAAUGUGGAAGGAAAAUUAGGCGCAAUUAUAAAUGUGGAGAUGAGAGUGACAACAAAAGCCUAACUAGUUUGCCACUGCGUGUCGCUUUUACCUAA